AUAUAAAUGGAAAUAUAAUAAACAUUAUCUUACAUUAAAGAGAGAAAGCAGAAACAGCAAUUAACUUUGUGAAAAAAGAUUGGUCAGAAGAUCAUAUCUUGUUUCAACCUUUAGUUUUUUGAUGACCAAAAGCUGACUCAUGCUACAAAAGUUGAUAUCAAACAACUGCCCCCUCUGCUUCCUUAUAUAUAUACAUAAUAGAUUCACAAACACAUGUUUAUUAUACCAGAAGAACAAGUUAUCCACAUUAGUAAUUAGAACAUUCUAAAGAUUUUUGGUCUGUCUCGUAUUUGCACGAAGCAAAAACGAACAAAGCAUAUUAAUGGAACUAGAAAACAGCAGAUCAAUGUUUGUGAAGAAUAAUAUGCACAAGGAACAUCCUAUCGGGAUUCCAAUCAGCUCCGGAGAAUAUUCGCUCGCCUUUACAAAAACUUUUAGAGGAUUUUUACCUGAUCCUGCGUCCGAAUAUCAACUUCUGCCUUCUCCUUCCAUUCAUUAUUCAAAAAUCCAAUCCAACGGUGUAGGACAUUCAGUAAUUGCUAAGAUGAUCAAACUAUGCCGAAGCAUGGAUAUUUUUGCUCAAGGAAUCCGUGAGCACGUAAGAUUAGGAACAAAGUUAAGUGAAACAAUGAAAGGAAAGUUGAGCUUAGGUGCAAGAAUCGUACAAGUUGGCGGAGUGGAGAAAGUGUUCAAGCAAAGAUUCGACAUUUUUAGAGACGAAGAGAAACUAUUGAAAGCUUGUCAGUGCUAUUUAUCAACAACAACAGGACCAAUAGCCGGACUCCUCUUCGUUUCAACGGACAGAAUUGCAUUUUGCAGCGAGAGAUCCAUCAAAUUCUCUUCUCCAGCUGGAAAACUGCUCAAACUACAUUACAAGGUCGUGAUUCCACUAAGGAAAAUAAAGAGUCUCCACGAAAGUGAAAAUGCGAAAAAACCGACGCAGAAGUACGUGCACUUAGUCACAGGAGAUAACUUCGAUUUCUGGUUUAUGGGAUUUCUUAAUCACCAAAGGACUUUAAAGUAUCUCCAGCAAACAAUCCAUCAAACGGUUUAAUACUUUAAUUUGAGCAGAGAAACUAAAUUCUCGCAAUUGUGUACAAAUUUGUUAGAGAUUCUUACAUGUAGCAACGAUGAUUUUUUAACGUCUAGGUAAAUGAUCCAAGUUUCUUUA